AUGGAGUUUAUCUGGGAGGAACUUGGUCCAAAAUUUAGGGAUCUUCUUGAAAUGGGGAAGUCAGGAGUUAUUGCAUCUGUUAUUGCUGCAAGUCAAAGGCUUCAUACACAUGAACAUGAGGUCUGUAAGGCCCUUUCCGAUGCAGUAUGCUUGCCAAAUGAGUCUCCAAGAUUCACUGUUCAUCGAAUAUUUUUUCUUGAAAGUUACUUUGCUUGUGAGGACAAAUCCAACUGGAAGUGGCCAAGUGGUGCCAAGAUCCACAUUAUGGGCUCUCUGAUUCUGCAGGCACAACUCAUACAGCAUUAUAUUACAAGUCUCACAUCCAUGGAAGUUGACCAUAUCUUUGAAGCUGCAAAGGAUACAGGUGGAGCUCGUACAAUUGAAGCAUUUCUGGAUUCUGAUGCAUCUGGGAAACAAAAGCACAGAUUAAUCAAUAAGUAUGUCAUGCCACAGUUACGGGGACAUUUUGGAGAGCUUGCAAUGCACUCUUCUGGUUCAUUUACAGUUGAAAAGUGCUUCAAUGCCAGUAAUUUGUCACUAAGAGAGGCCAUAGCAUCAGAAUUGCUGCCCGUGCAAAGUGAGCUUGCCAAGACAAAGCAAGGUCCUUACCUCUUGAGAAAAUUGGAUAUUGAUGGUAAUAACUAUGAUAAAAUUCUUCUGGUUUGUCCUGACUUGAGUUGGGACCACUGUCAGACAUUAAUUGACAUGGGCACUGGGGCAGUAUGCAAUAGGGAAACAAGUUCAUAUGCUAACCGGCCUGAUCAGUGGAGAUCAAGACAAGCAUCGAAACAAUCAACUUACAAAGAAUUUCAUGCUGCAUUUGGAUCUAGUGAGACCAAGUCAUCAAAAAGCGACUCCUUCCUUGCUGAUACUUCCAAAAGCGUAUCACUCACAACAGGAUUAAAGAAUGUGAGGAAAGAGAUUGAUCAUCAUUUGGCCUCAUCUGAGAAAUAUGCAAAACACACUGUGGUUGACGAUAUCAUGAAAGUGAAAAACAGGAAGAACAAGAAGGAUCAUGGUGGUGCCUCUGAAACAGCAACUGGUGUUAAUCGGAAACCGUUUCUAUCUGUUGACAUGAAGAAGAACAAACGACACAGACAAGAGGAGCCAUCUAAAGCUUCAAGAAAGCAAAAAAUUUGA